AUGCUGGCGUCGCACUUGGACGCACUGUGGGAUUCUUCUUCUGCUUUGCAACAGGCACCGCUGUGUUUGGUAUCCCCUGGAAGUUCAGCCUUUCUGGAAGCUGCUAAACCUUUGCUCGCUGCCGCUACGAGCCGCGCGGCGUGGGGGAUUGCCCAGCUCGAAGAGCUCCUCGCAUGCAGUCAGAUCCAAGGAGGCGGUCGGCUGUUGCUGCUCGCUCCCGGCUCCCUGGAUACAGGAGUCGCUAGGGAUGCGUUUGCUGCUGCCGCUGCCUCCGAACAAUGUCGCAUCAUUUUUCCUACGCAUCCCCAACAAGGAACGACAGCAGCGGAGGUGUUGGCGGCAUGCAAAAGUUUCUCUGCUGGAGGAGCCUCGAGGAAGCAGCUGUUGCUGCAGCAGCGGCAACAGGUGCCUCUGCCCGUGGACGCCUUGUAUGCGCGCUUCGAGUUAGAACGGAAGGUCAGGAGGCUGCGAAAGAGGCAGCAGCAGCUGCAAAAGGUGAAGGGGCGGGCAGACUCCGCGGCAUUCCCGUUCGAGGAGCAGCAGCAGACUCAGGAAGAGAACGAUGGCAGCAGCAGCAGCAGCAGCAGAACGGCUUCUGGAGAAGCAGCAGCAGAAACAGCAGCGGCAGAAAAUUUCCCAGUUGGCACGGUCCCACCCGACGGGGAUGUGGAAGACGCCAGCAGCGACACCUCUGAGGACGAGAGGGAGGAGACGGCUGCUGCUGUUGCUGCUUCAGCUGCACACGCGGAGGAAACCUCUGGAAAGCAGCAGCAGCAGCAAGGGGAGGAUGAAGUUAGAGCGACUGCAGCCGACAGCGGUGUCUUUUGGCCCUCCCGCUGCGGCUAUGCCCAGCCUUUGUUUGGUCUGAGUCAAACUACGGAUCCGGCAGCUUCGGCUGCAGCUGCCCAUCACCUGCUGCAGCACCAAGUCACUGGAGGGCAGGCAGAAGACGACUCCAAGGGAGAGGAAGAUCAGCAACUUCAGCAGUCCGCAGCAGUCGCAGCAUGCGGAGCUCCUGUCGAAGAGCGCCUCAAGGAAGCUUGGCGCAUGCAGACAAUGACACCCGCAGCAACUUCUGCUACCAGAAGAGUCAGGAUGGAUGGCAGUGAGGGGAGCGACCAGUCUGAUGAAGGCGAAAGCAACAACGACAGAGAGCCACAGCCUUUGUUAAUGUUUCCUAGCCACGCGGCAGCUCAGAGACUGGCCGAAGCAGCGAUGGCUGCAGUACGAGGGGGUCCACGUAGCCGCUUUCUCAAGUUUCGAGAGCUAGCGGAUGCUACUCUCGCUCCCGCCGCUGUCGCCACACACAGCAGGGGUCCAGCAGAAGCCGCAGCAGAAGCAACAAGACCUCACUGGAGGCAGCAGCUACGGCGAUGGUGUGGGGGAUCGGAUCCAUGCAUGUGGAAGGAAACUCGCGAGACGGUGACAUUGCGAUGUUUUGCGGAGGUUUGUGAUGUGGCGGGGCAUACGACCCAGCAGGAGCUCGACGCCGUAUUGUGCGCUUUAGAUCCACGGCAUUUGUUUCUCUUGUUGCCCCCGCUGUCUUGGCCAAAAGGCGUGCAGCAUGAGGACCAGCGCGAACUUGCUUCGGCAGCAACCGCGAGGCUUAGCUGGUUUGUUGAAAUGGAGAGGCACGAGCAGGAGCAGCGGCUGCACUUGCUGCUUCCCGAGGGCUGUGCAGCGAGCGGCAGCAGCAGCGCGAUGCUUCAGCUGCCCUCCACUCAAGCGGUAGCGGGACUGUCUGCUCGUCUGUGGGGUGAGGCUCUGCAUCAUGGGGUGUAUGUCCACGAAGGCACACCGCUGGUUGAUGCCGCCGCACGUGCUGCUGCGGCUGCUUCGGCCACCCUUGAUGCGGCUAUCGCAGAAGCGGACGGCCGCUGCAUUGCGGCUGCAAGAAGAAAGCCAGCGAUUAUCCAUGUAGCUCGUAUUCGUGCGAUUGGCACGCCACAAGCGUCCGAUGGUAGUAGUGGCAGCAGCAGCAGCAGGGGCAAGCCCUUCGCUGGAGUAACAGGCGGCUGUGCCGCUGCUGCUGCUGUUUUAAGGUGCUCCGUCUCCCUACGAAUAUGUCUUCACUGUGGCGCAUGCAGCGACAGCAGCAAAAAGCGGCAGCGACGGUUCGCCCCUAGCUAUCUUGGGGGGUUCUGGUCAAUGCCGCUGGAGCCUCAAGUGCUGCUUUGCGCGCCGGAUGAAGCCGCAACAUUGGCGGAAGGCGGCUCUACACAACAGCAGACUCCUUCCCAUGGGGAGAGGGUAGAGGAAGUCUUAGCAGCAGCUGCAGCAGGAACAGCCAAGCGGCGACCACUGCUGUUGCUAGGACCCCUUGGACCCCGCGAUUUAAAGGCACGGGUGCAACAGAUGCAAUUGCCCUUAUGCGCAGAAUUGACGCCUGCAGGAGACGGCCUUGUGGUGCAGGGUGGCACGGAGCUCAAAUGGGUGUUGCGGGGGUCCUUGCACCCUUCGCUCUUUUGUCUCCGUCGUCUGCUGCAGCAAGAGCCUAACUGCCUACCAGGUGUCUAG